AGCACGUUGCUGAUUGGUUGAAGCCGCCGGUUAAACAGUAUAUAAGGAGAGGUUUUUCCCCAGCCAGGUUGCUGGGUUCACCCUAUAUUAAAGAGCUGUUGUCACUACCCUGGUCUCCAGCCUCGUUACUUCCCGAACUUAACACUGGCGACGAAGGUGGGAUCUCGAGGCUAAGGAGCACCAGAACCGAGCUGAAGCACGGAAGAACCAAACCCAGCAAACCCAGGGCAGAAACGCGGAGAUGGCCAGUUACACUCCGCCCGCGCCGUUUGACCCAGCCAGAGAGAAAUGGGGAACGUACAUGACCCGUUUCGAAAGCUUCCUAGAAGCAAACGAACUGCAAGGAGUUCCAGACAACCGCAAAAGGGCAUACUUCUUGAGCCACUGCGGUCCCGAGGUCAUCGACAUCGCGGAAGCCCUGGCAGAGCCAACGCCGGUACAAUCGGUAUCGUGGCAAACUCUGCAAACCCUGCUAAAAAACCAUUUCGCGCCAACGCCGUCCAAAUACGUGCGGCGUUUUGAAUUUGGAGAGCGCCGACAGCGAGAGGGCGAAACCAUCGGCGACUACAUGGCCGCCCUGCGGAAAGCCUCCAAAGACUGUGGGUACCGAGACCUAGACGAGGCGCUGCUGGAGCAACUCAUCCGUGGGGUCAGAGACAUGCGUUUGCGGAGGCGACUGCUAUCGAAAAGCAAUCUAACGCUGGCAAACGCCCUGGACGAAGCCAGAGCGCAUGAAAUGUCCACCCAAGCGGCGGAGACCCUGCAACAGCCACUCACACCGAAGGCGAGCACAAAAUCAACCCCGGUGCACCAAGAAGAGAUCCAGACCGAAUCCGACGGUGAGGAUGAGGAAGGGGUUUGUCGAACCGAGAAACGCGGCAAAGAAGACCGGGACGAAUGCGGAAGUUGCGGAGGUCAACACCAGCGCCAACACUGCAAGUUCAAGGACGCUACAUGUCGGCGGUGUGAGAAGAAGGGGCACCUAGCUCAAGUCUGUCGAGCUCCCCAACCUUCCCGCCGAAAAUUCAAAUCGGCCAAUCAGAGCGCGGGAUCGGCA